AUUGCUUCUGUCUUAAUUCAAUUUUCCUAUCCCAAAUACUUACAUUAUAGAUUCUACAUAUUUUUCCCAUUACUAAAAGUGCCGAACUGUUUGUUCCACUGCAUAAGCGUGAGGCCUAACGCGAGUCUACAGAGCUCCUAACGCCCAAGAAGAACCUGUUACUAUUGCAUGUUGCACGCCUUACUAGCGCUAGUUCUUUUAAUGAGACCGUGUACAAUCUUGAACAAGAAAAGUGGCAUAAAUCGCACAUUCCCAUCAUGCGUCUCCACCUCAUUAUCCAACGCCACGGUCUACCCGUAACGCGCAUUCUUUGGACGACUGCGCCGCCGUCGCUUUUCGGACAGAGUUCCUCGACUGCGCUGCCCGCGUUUUCUUCGGCUAUCACCUCCUCGCGUGCACCUAAUGCGCUCUAUGCGAAUGGUGGUUAUACAAUUGCUCAGCUCCUGGAAGAUGUCAAUGAGGUCGUUCCUCUGGAAACAGAGCCGGUGCUGUUUGACAGUGAAUACAGUGGGCAGUGGGGGUUGGAAGACUAUGUGGUUGAAGUGGGAGGCUCGGAGUGUCUACAUUUCAUGGAGGUGGAGGGUCUUUUGAGAGAUGGUGAUGAAAUUUUAAUUCGAGCACUACAAAUAUCCGACUUACGAGCCAGGCGACUGUCUGGACGGCAUCAAAUCUCCACCGAUGGCAAACACCUCAUAGAUGGUGUCCCCUUUGGAAAGCCUUUUCUGAAAAGACCAACCUCAUCAAGACCUGCCAUUACGAUUCCUCCAAGGAAGAGAAGGCGUACUACAUUUGCAGCUAGAGACAAUAUGUUUGGCUAUGAAGAAGAAGACACAGAGUGGAAUGUUCCGCGAAUUCGCUCGUUCAAAGAACUUUCUGCUCUCAGAGGCGCUGAUGAGCCUGAAACUGGCUUUAUGGAAGGUAGUGGGGAAUACAAUGAUGACGAGGGUGAGGAUGAAUACGAGGACUACCAUGAGAACCACGAGGAGACCGGGAACGGUACCGUUAUUCGCCAUCAUGUUGAUGCAGAAGAUGCCCAACUCUCGGAAAGUGAUGCAGACUUAUCCGAAAUUAAUGCUGGAGACUUGGAGGAAGAAUUAAAGGACCUUAAGGAGGACUUGGAGUUUUCUGCCAUGCCAGAAACCGAGGCGACGGAUGACGAACAGGCGGAACGCAGAGCCUAUACGUUACGCUCGAGGCCCGUCACCUCCCACCCAGCACCAACGAAGGGUUCAGUUACACAAGCCAUGAAUACAGCCUCAGAAGAAGGUUCCUCACGAAGGGAUUCCAAAACGGUUAGGUUCAGUGGACAGAAAGAGAAGUCCCCGGUGCUUGCUUCCCAAGAAUCAAUAGUGAAGGCGCAGUCUGAAUUGGCACAAAGUUCCGAUUCAAGUGACAGUGACAGCAGCUCUUCUGUGAGCGACUCCAGCGAUACCGAUACUGACUCGGAUAAGAGCUCGAGUCCUUCAGAAGAGUCCUCUGAAUCAAGCGAUGAUUCCAGCUCCGAUUCGGAUAUCUCCACCUCAGAAUCGGAGGAAGGAGAGAUACCAACUGGUCCACCCAUCACCAACCCUCCUGGCCAUGGCUCACUAAAAACAAAAAAGAGCAACCGACGCAAUAAAAUGCGGCGAAGACUAUCAAAAUUGAAGGAGCUAGGUGCUUUACCCGCGGAAGCGGACUUCGCUGCUCUUCGAGAUUGGGAGGCUAAAAAUGAAGGUCGGCGCUUCAUGCCUGAAAGCGCAUCCUCACACAACAGUGCAGAGAUGGCAGAAUUUGAGGCAAGACGGCAAAAGUUGCUGCGCGAUAUUGAAUCAGGGGGGAUCGAUGUCGAUGGUACACUUGCGCCUUCAAAGCCAGUCGAGGGAAGUGACCAGGAGAAACCUAAAGAGCACUCUGAAACUCACGAACCUCCUGUGGUGGAGGCCAACGAGGGCGGCCCACAGCCAAAACGACGUACGUUAGAUGUCGCAAGCUCCAGGCGGUUGCUUUUCGGCUCCCUUGGUGUUAGAACGCCGCGGACCAAAGAAGACGAGGAAGCUACCCGGAAAAAGCUUGCAGGGAAGAUGAAAAAUUUUGUCCCUCAGAGGAAAGUGUCCGAAGAACCUGAUGGUGUCCCCGAGAGUGACCUAGGCAAGGAGUGGGAGAAAAAACUCGUGGUCAGAGCUACAGAGUGCGUUUAUGAUGACAUCCAGUUGACUGUGCCGCCUUUCCCUUUCGAGCAGCGCUGGGAUUAUGAAGCCAGCGACCUCAUAAGACAGCGCAAGGGCUUGGGCAAGAAGAGGAAAAGGCGUCAACAACUCCAGGUCUACGAUGGGGAAGAAGAUAGACAUGGAGCUGGUGAAGAGAGUUUUGUUAAUGGUGAUUUCAACUAUGAUGAUUCGGAGCAGCUGUGCAGUAAACCAAACAAUGGCGAAAAUUCACCAACUGCCGAAAAUGAUUUGGACGACCUCCCUUCAGUUCCAAGUGACACAAAUUCUCUUCAAGAUCUUGCUGAAGAAGACCUAAAGUGUGGGUGUGUGCUUGCCUUCAAGCAAUUGGAUGUGUCUAAGGCCACAAAUUGGCAACCAACCGUGACCGAUUAUCGAGUAGCGGAGAUACAUGAUGUAUAUGAUGGUAAUAUUCUCAAUCUCCGGCUUGCAAGGCGGGAUUGGAGACAAGCCAAAGAAAUGGAAGAUGGGGAGGGGCUGCCUCAGUAUAGUGGAUUCGAGAUGCCUGGUUAUGAAAAUGAAGGCGAGGAUGAUGGUUUCAGAGAGGUGUCCUUUGCCGACCUUAUUGACCCAAAGCUUCUCCGACCUGCAGACCUUAGAGAAGCUAAGCAAGCCAGCAACUCUCCAAUAGAGACCUCCCUGCGAAACCUCACUUCGGCCCCAAACCAACCUGAGACAUUGAUCGAGUAUGAAUGUGAUGAACAAUCAAUCCAUGAAUCCAGGCAUCUGCUCGAGUUUCUGGAUCCUGGGCUACCGACCCGCGAUGAGACUGAUGAUUCGAAGGCUUCCAUAGGGGGCUCUAGCCCGAAUGUCAAGUCGCCGCAAUUUGAUGGGUUCCGGUCUCCGACCCUGACGUCGGGGCAGGCAAUUAAGGCCAGUUUGGGGCUUGAGGCAUAUUUAGCUAAGGAUCUGAAAGCGGAUGAUUCUGGCAGUCAGCGCUCCAAAUCUCAAUCUCUUACGGGCAAAUAUAUGCAGUCUACAUUGCACUCCACUCCCCCUCCCAUUCUUCCCGAUAACAUUUCGUCAUUACCGCAAUCGGAGGACGAGUUGCAAACGCUCAACACCACCGAGAGUGGGGUUUCGAUCACCUGCCUGAUAGAUCAGCUGUUCGACGGCAACGAAGAGACAAAUAACUCUCCCCCCGCCAAGAAGGAGGUGAGGCACAACCCGGAAAGGCGGGCCUCUCAGUCUUCGACUGGCUCGGUCAUUCCCAACCCGUUCUACAAAAUCGACAAAGCCCGCGAAGCACGGCGCCAGCGUCUCUCUGGGAAGCGGAAACAGAGUAUUAAGGAAGAGGACACUACUAUGGAUUAUGUGUCUGCCGAGGAGUUCCCAUCUUCGUCCUCUCCGCGCAGAUCAUUGAGAGCGAAUAAGAGAAAGACUUAUCCGUCAGAGGAUGGUUCGUUCACUAGUGAUGCUGCGGAAAGCACUCAGACUAAGCAGAAAACCUCGGGCUCUGCGUGUCUUUCAGGUUCCUCGGCGCCCCGCGAGAUAGUCGAUUUGACUCAAUCCAGCCCUGUAGUUACUCCAGAGGGCAGUGACGAGGGCUUUGCUCGGUCACAUCCGCUUCCGCGUGGUCCGGGAUGGGUUCAAAAGAAUAUCCCCAGCACAUAACGACAAACCAGGCUGUCAUCUGCGGGGCCAAAGGCGCAGGCCUUGAAAGAGGUCACCAUCAGCCCUUUGCCUCAACGGGAAAGAAGAUGGAGAUCAGAAGCAUGAACUUUCAAUUCUUGUGGGUGCAACCAGCAGAAGAAAGAGCUAUGUGUAUAUGUUGUAUGGUAUGGUACAUAUUGAGAGAUAUCCUGUGUAUAGCUUUUG